UGUAUUUUAGUGUAUUGAAUAGUUAGGUGUCAAAGUAGAUAGAGCAUUGGACCUGGAAGUAGGAAGACCUGAGUUCAAAUCCAGAUGCCGACAUUUACUAUGUGACUCUGGGCGAGUCACUUCACUUCUGUUUGCCUCAGGCUCCUCAUCUGUUAAAUGAGGAUAAUGAUAGCUACUACCUCAGAAAGUUGUUGUGAAGAUCAAAUGACAUAAUAAAUGUAAAUUGUUUAACACAUGCCUUGGUACAUUAGAGGCAUUAGAUAAAUGUAAGCUAUUAUUAAUAUUGUUAUUGUUAUUAUUUAAGCCUCACAGCCCUUCUGAUGUAGAUACUAUGGGUAUUAUUAUCCUUAUUUUUAGAGACUGAGUGACUUGUUUGCCGUUUUAUAGCUUUUGCUCCAGGUGGGAUUUGAACCAGGAGGUCUUACUGACUUCCAAAAGAGCUCUCUCUCCACUCCAGUCCUGUGUGUUGGAGUCAGCUGUUUUGGUGUCCUUCAGAUUUCCUGUCCCCUCCCUGCUCCACUAGACUUUGAGCUCCAUGGGAACAGGAAUGAUGGCUUAUCUAAAUGAGCUACAGGACUAUGUACAGAGUAGAAUGCUAAUAAAUAUUUGUUGUCAGUUAAAACAAAAAUCAGAACUUGGUAAGAGAAAGAGAGAAACUGGAUAGAUCACUUCCAGUUGGGGAGGAAUUCGGGUCAGCUUCUUGGAAUUAGUGUCAUCUGAACUGGGGCUUCCUUGAAUGUUACCAAGUGAGAGUGAAAGAGAGAAAUUUAACCUUAAAUUUAGACAAAUUCUCCUGGUUUUGCAGAGGCAAGAGAAUGAGUGGAUCAGAGAGGCUGUGAUUCCUUCAGAGAUUCUAGCACACCACUGUCAAGGAUGGGGGACCAGAAGCAGGACCAGUGGAGUUCCCCUGGCAAGGACUCUCUGACCCAGGGCCAUGGGCAGGAGAUCGAUGAGUCUUCCAAUCUGAGUCCCAAGAAGGAAAAGAAUGGCCACCUUGGGCUGGGAAGCUUCAAAAGGGCUUUCUCAUGGAAGGAGAAACAGGAUGUGACAUCUGGGGACAAAGUAGGAAAGGAGAAGAGGUUCAUCGGAAGGAUUUCAUCCUCCCUCCUUGGCUCCUUCCGAAAGGUGCAGGAGGAGGAGACCGGCAGGUUGAGACAGCAGUUAUCCUCUCCAAGAGAGGUUUGUGAGGAGUCUAACACAGAUUCCUUCAGCAAGACCCUGCCAGUGAGAACAAAGGACCCUCCACAAGAGAAACAAAGCACCCCCUCCAACCCCUGUUCUCCAACCCAGAGCCAGAGGAGCAGGAAGCCAAGUGUGGACUCUACAAACUCUAGAAAGGAAGAGGACACUGUUCUCGGACUGGGCAACUUCAAGAGGACUUUUUUAAGGCUGAGCAAGAGGGAAGGUACUGCCGGAGCCCAGGCAGCAGAGGAGAGCAGCCUUCUUCGAAAGAGCUCCCGCCUCCUCAGAUCUUUUAGGAAAAAUGAGGAGGAGGUGACCCAUCGACCUUCGAGGCUACCAAAGGGAUCCCCAGUAUCCCCCAAGUCCCCUAAAGAAGAUACACUGAAGAACAUGAUGAAAGUGGAGGAAGAAAAGCCAGUCUCAGACCUCAUUGCUGAACGGCAGCUGCUGAAAGCCUUUACCCAGCUAUGCCAACUGGAGGUCAGCCUCGUGGAGGACCAUCACUUGGGGAAGUUCAAGGAUGACCCGACUGCCUACAUUCGCCAGGCCAUGGACAUCUGUGUUCAUUUUGAUGUAAUGGCAUCCGAGAUCAGGAACAUUGUGGGUGAGACCCUGAGCCAGCCUAGUGUGGACACAGAGGCGCUGUCGUGCCUGGCACAGCUGAUUAAGGAGGAGGAGGGGGUUCAUUCGGGGGAUGCAUCGGACAGUGCCUUCCUGAGAGCCCCUCGCAAGUGGAGGCACCUGUGGGAGGAGGCAGUGAAGAAGAGCGCCUCAGACAGGGUGGGGAAGGUGGGCCAGGGCAUGAGUGAACCUACCCUGGUCAGCCUCCUCUCAGAGCUUGGCAGGGUGAUCAAGCAGGAUCUUGUGAAGGUCCGGCAGGAGGUGCAGCCCUGCUAUCCAGAGGACUUCCUCGUGUGGAAGACCUACGUGGAUGCUUUCCAUGGGGCUGUGUCUGCCCGGCUUCAGGAGCUCUUGCAGGAGAUUCAAGGCUUUGAGCAACUCUAUGUAAUAAUGGACUGGGUAGCCAAUGUGUACUGCAGCAAGGACUUUCUAGGCUCCCUGGACCUGGAACUAGAUAUGACUACGAUGCCAAAGCUACUGGCACCUGAGGUAUGGGAGAAGCUAGAAAGUGACUACACCAAGUUCCUGGAGACCAAGAUCAAGAGCUGCUUUGAUAGCAUUCUGAAGCUGGAGCUGAACUGGUGGUCAGAGAGGAAGAGCCCCGAACUGCUCCAGGAUCUCUACCACUCUCCCAUCUCCAUCGACAUUCACAUGCUGGUUGGGGAGCAUGUGAACACAGCCCGGGCCAUCUCCUCAGGAUUGGAGGCCACCACACUACAGAUCUUGGAGCAGUCAUUGGAUGAAUUCAUCCACAGGUUUGAGAAGAGAUUCCUGGACUCAGAUGUUGCAAAGGAGCAGACCCUCUUCCUGCCCUACCUCUGCGCCUACAUCAGUGCCUUCCAGGAGCUAAAGACCAACCUACCUGCCAAAUUCCUAAGCAGCUUUAAGAAUGUGGGAACUACCCUGUCUGGGGUGAUUAGCAGGUUCAAGAAGGAAAUGCUGAUCCAUUUGCAUCGAGAAACACAGGUUCUAUUCAAGGAUGUGGGCAGCAAGGCCUGGGUGACCAUAGACAAGCUACAGCCAAUCAUGGAGAAGACUGUCACCUUUGCCCAGUACCUGAAACACAUGGUCCAGCCCCACAACCAGGAAUGUCUCCAGGAAAUCCACUGCUAUGUGGUUCGAGAAUAUGUGGCCCAUGUACUGAGACCACGAGAACGGCUUCGAGGAGCAGAUCGAAUAGCCAGUGCUCAGAAGAUGAGCCAGGAAUCAGAUGCCAUCGGCUCUACCUUUCAAAGCCUGGGCUCAGAAGCCACUUGGCUGGGCUUGGCGAUCCCCUGCAUCUCAGACAUUCUGGGUGAGACCUACAAAGAUGACAUUAUAAAACAUAUCGAAACCCUCAUCAGGGGUUACCCAGACAUCAGACAGGAACACGUGGCUGCCAUUCUAGCCCUUCGGAACUUGGGCCGAAGACGAAAUCAGCUCCUCCUUCGUCAUGCCCAAGACCUGCUGAAGAAGGCACCAAAGACUUUACCAGGCCAAGGACUCUUUGGGGACAUUGAUGUGCCCUCAUCCAUGGAAGUACUCUUCACCUGCAUUUAGAAAUCAGACUGGAUGAGAUGAAAGCAGGGUUAGGGGGGUUCCAAACUCAGUAUUCUUUAAGGUGGAAAGUUGAGAGGAAAAGCCCCUUGGAGUGGGUUCUCUACGGAGCUGAGAACCCCAAAGAAUGGGGACAGGGGACAGAGAGACUUCAGAAAGCACACUAGUCCUUGAAAAUGUUAGUUCAGCAACCCCUUCUGAAUUUCCUUCUCUCUGCUCCAGUGUCCAACUGGUCCCCAACGUCCCCACUCCUGGUCCAAAGCUCCUGGUUCCUCCUAUUCCUAAGAAAUUAGGAGAUAAACAUAUCCCUUCUUAAGUGGGAAAGGCUGUGUAUGCCUUUUCCUCCAAAAGGAAGUCUGCUUUAAAUAAGAAAAAGGGGAAGGCAGUGCUGAACCCAGACAUGGGAAAUACAGAGUGGAAUUCUAAGAAGACCAAAAUUACAAUCAAACAAACAUAUGUCAAGUGCCCACUAUAUAUAGGAAGAUUGGAGACUUAUGAAGAUCGAAAGUUUAGAUAAGAUGAUGUCCCCACCCUCACAGCACUCACAGCCUAGAACGGAAUUAGCUAUAAAAACAGACAACUAUGUACAUAAUUAAUUCAAUAUUUAUUAAACCAUGUUUGGAGUAUCGUGAGCACUGGGAGAGAUAAAAAAAAAUUAGCUAAGAUGGGGUCAUGUGAAUGUCAGUCUAUUAGGCGAUAAGAUACCUAAAAAGCUGUAAUAUCCAAUAUUCCAUAAGUAGUACAAGGUUAGACAACAAAGUGCUGUGUGGGGUCCAAUAUAGGAAGUUUGGUCCUGCCUUGAGUGAAAGCAGGGGCUUGGGAUGAAACCAAGGGAUCUGUAUGGCAUCUCUUUCACCUGCAUUUAAUCAGAGCCCAGACAGGAAGGACUAGAAAGAGGUCCCUCCAGUCCUAGGAUGGCCAUGGGCCCAAACAGCCAUGCCCAGAUCUCCUGCCUCCCUUUAUUCCAUCCCCCCCCCCAUACUCCUAGUCCUAACCCCAGCUCCAGGGGCUUAGAAAUUGGGGGUGAGGUGGGAAGGAAGGGUACAAUCUGAGUGUCUGAAUCAUUCUUCCCUUCUAGGAAGCAGAGAACUCUUCCCAGUUAUGACAUAGAGAUCAAACCCAUGGUGAGCCCACAUGCUAGCUGAUCUAUAUUUAUUUUUUAAAAUAAAAUUGUGUUAGAUGAGAA